AUGAGACGAUAUCCCUGGAAAAGUUCGUUUCCUGAAAAUCCGGGCAUUCGUCAUUGGAAAGAAGGAAAAAAAGAGAAAACACUAGAGCGAGAUAGAAUCCCACCCUUAGGUGACAGCGCCCCACUACACUGGAAAUUUUCGGAUACCCAAAUUAUUUGCGAUCAGGGUUAUGGAUCAGAACGUUCUCCCGAAGAAGAAUAUCCGCCGCCGCUUACGAGCUUAGAUCAAGAAGCUCUGCAGUGCCAUCACCAUUUAGAACCUCACGCUUGUUAUCCUUUCAUUACACCAGAAAGUACGUUCCUCGUAAAACUAACCAAAGGUUCCCGGGGCCUAGGUUUGAGCGUCACAGGUGGUAUAGACAGCAACGGUUCUUGGCCUGGACUGAUCAGAAUCAAAAGACUGUUCCCUCACCAACCGGCUUCCUCGUGCGGCCUAUUGAAUGUCGGAGACCUUCUCCUAGAAGCUAAUGGAAUUACGCUUACGGGACUCACUAAUUAUGAAGCUCUAGAAGUACUCAGAACGGCUUCUAAUCAUGUAGACUUAAAAGUAUGUAGACCUCCUCCUGACGUUUUAAACUGCGUGAGUCCCAUAUCAGAAGUUCCUCCACCCCCUCCUAGAAGGGAACCUCCUAACAAUUUAAAUUUACCUUCGAAUGCAUACACAACACCUGAAGAUGAAUAUUAUCAUGGGGAAUUUGAAAUUACGCUUAAAAAAAUUCAAGGAUCUCUAGGUUUUACCCUUCGCAAAGAAGACGAUAGCGCACUGGGUCAUUACGUAAGAGCGCUAGUAAGAGAACCUGCUCUUAGUGAUGGAAGAAUUAGAGCUGGAGACAAAAUAAUAGCAGUCAAUGACGUAGAAAUAUGUCCAAUGUCCCAUGAACAGGCUGUUCAGUUUUUACGUCAGUGUCCGGAAAUUGUUAAGUUACGAUUGUACAGAGAUUCUGCUCAAACUCCUGUAGCUACACUAUCUCCAUCGGAAACUACUCCUAGAACUUCGUUUUCUCGAAAAGCCAAUUUAAGACAAGAGGCUGUAGAUAUGCUGAACGACCUGGCAGGACGAAAACUAGUCGGAAUGAAUCCAGAAGUAUACAAUCGUUCUCUAUCUCCAACGUCAUCGUCACCGCGGCGUUUACGCCGCCAACCUGGUUCUUCUGAUGCUUUGCAAGGUGAUUGUAUGAGUCAAGGCGAAUAUCUAUCUCAAGGAGAUUUGCUGCCUCCAACAGAAUACUUGAUACAAGGUGACCAACCGUCCCAAUCCGGUGAGUACGCAGACUACCAAGAACAGUUCCAUGAGGGCAUCAUUCAAAAAUUUCCUAGACCUUUCGACGAGGACGCAUUUAAUUCGUUGUUCUCUAUGGAAUCAGAAGACGGUGAUAAACCAAACCGACCUAGUUCGUUAGAACUGUAUAAUCCAAAUCAAACACCUGUCGCUUCCAGGAAACCUAGGUUUAAUUUUUCGUUGGCUCAUAAUGCUUACGAACUUAACAAUCUGGAUGCUGAAGUAUUGGAUGCUCCUAAUUUAAAAUAUAAUUUAUGCAACGAAGACGUUAAAACAUCCGAUUCCGAGGUCCAAGAACCCGUUAGUAUGCCACAUAUAUCCACUAAUUCUUCCUCAAACUUCAGCCAUAAACAUCCUGCUUAUCAAUCGGCUCAUCCUCAGAUACAUGCAGAUCAUGAACAACUUCAACAUGUAAAUUCCACAGGAAAAUCAGAUGGUAACACAUUGAGGAAAACGAAGAAAUCAGUCCCAGUGGAAAAUGAGAUCGUCAAGCCUAACCCUAUUGUUCAGCGAGUGCCCAUAAAGGAAGAAUAUGAGGUCCUUGCAAUUGAACUGAAUAGAGGUUGGAAUAGCAGGCUGGGAUUUAGUUUACAGGGAGCAGCAGGAGUUACGUAUGUGAGCGCUGUACACGCCGAUAGUGUAGCAGCUAGAGAUGGAAGGUUGAAACCUGGUGAUCGACUCAUCAAGGUGAAUGACGAAAGUAUAGAACACAUGACAACUAGUGAAAUAAUCGAUUUGCUGCGAAUAGUUCGAGGUCCUGUUUGUAUAGUUAUCUCAAGAGUCAAACGUAACGAAGACUGUCCAAAAAGCAAUGCUGAGAAUUGAGCAACCGUAGCAGUACAAGCGUUUAUAAUUGAAUUUAUAAUUUUCAUUGUUUUUAGCUUUCUUAAUGUCAAUGUUUUUAAUUGAACAUUUAUUGUUUACUUGUUUUAAUUAACUUAAAAUUUCCACCAUAUUGGUGUAUUUGUUUGCUUUUAUUUGAAAGUUUCAAUUAAAUUUAUUGACUGUUUUUUAAUAAUACUUUAAUAUUUGUGAUAGUUUCUAUAAACGGGGGAUACAAAAAAUGCCAAUAACACUGGUCUACACUAGUUUUGUUGCUCUAGAUAUAAGAUCGAUUUUGAAUACAUUUAUGCUUACAAUUUAUGAAACUAUCAAUGAUUUCGUAAGAAUUGCUCUCGUUUUCUUUUAAAUCUUUAUUUUCUUUUUAUAUUACAAAAAUUGGAAAACAAGAAACAAUAACAGAUAUAUUUAUAAUGUCAGUUUUGUUUUGAAAAAUUAGUUGUUAUCACAACAUUUGAGUGAUAAAUAGUAUCUGGAUAAAAUUUUUCGAUAACAGAAGGUUUUAUUAUUGAUACUGAACUACCUGUAUCUAUCAGUAAUUUUAAUGUAAGUGUAAAAUUUCUAUAUACGGUAAAAGGUUUUUGUUGGUGAGAUUUCAGCUGUUCUGUGAAGCAAGGGGUUUGAGAGUGGGGAUCACAUGAUGUUUGUAUGCGCGAAAAAGUUGCGUAGAAGCUUAAUCUUGGCUGGGAAAAUAAAUUUUAUUAAUAAUUGUUCAAAAUAUUAAAUAUGUGAAAUUCAUAUAGAAAAAGAGCACAUUUAGUACUUUCAUGAAUAUAUUCGUAAUUUGGACACUUGAAAACAUAAAAAUUUGCAAAUAUAUCCAGGGCAACAAAUUUUUUUUUGUAGAUCUGUGUAAUCUAACUGAUUUAUUUAAUUUCAGUUCGUCACUGUCUAAAAUCAUUUUUAGAAUCCCUCUUUGUAAGAUUUUACGUUUCCUAUAUCGAAUGUGAUUAAUUGAAAAUAUUCUAAGAAUCUAUUUUGUUUAUAUUGAGCUCGAAUUUUUAGAUUAUAUAUAUUUUUGUGUUUUUCUUUUUUGUAGGAUAUCGUUAAGCUAGUCUUUCACAUAGAGUGAAUUCCAGUCAAGAGAUAUAUUUAUUCAAAAUAAAAAAUAACAAAAAAAAAAUAGAACACCAUCUAUGCUAAAUUUCUGUAAUCACUACAUUGUCUCGCCAUCUAUUGGUAAGAUCUGUAACAUAUCUCAUUUACUAUUUAAUAUAAAAAUGUAAAUGGCAGCACUAGUAACUCUGUAUUCACGACAAGCUUUAUAGCUUAUUUAAAUUACUCCCUCUCUCUCUCUCUGGAACUCGAUCUAAAAUAUUAAAUUUAGCAAAAGACUUCUACAUAAGUCUAAAAUGUAUUACACUGUUAUGUUAAAAUAAAGUAACUCGGAAACGGUGGUUUCAAAUCUACGAAUUUUGUCAACACAAUAAAAAGUAUGGCCUAACACCAUUAAAGUAAUAAGUAUUGAUUUUAACGUACAUACUUUGAUUACUAUACGGUGCAAGAGAGACGUCCGAUAGUCCAAUAUAGAGCGCGGCCAUUUUGAUGCAAUUACUACUAGGUUAGGCAACAUAUUUUUCCAAAAUGUUAAACUGGUAGUCUACAUCUUGGUAUUUUAAGAUUUUAAAUGAAGGUGGUACCAAGUAUAGAAGAAACGUUUAUUUAUUUUAAAUAAUAUACAAGAAACUUCUUUAAAGCAAGUGCAUUCUAAAAUAGAGGUGAGCAGGGCCGGAUUUACCAUAACAGCGCCCCUAGGCCCGAAUAAAUUUGGCGCCCCCCCCCCCCCCCCCCCAUCAUACACUGAUAGAAGGAACAUGAUAGUUAAUAAAUAUCUCAUUUUGCACCAUGUUCAAAUGAAUACUUGUUAACAGCGAACUAAUCAUUUAUUUAAAGAUAAUUCUUUGAUUAUUUUUAAUAUUAAAUAUUAAUUACCUUUUUUUAAUUUUGUUUUUGUGUUAGCACUACAGGUUUCGCCCCUUGGUGUUAACACAAAACAGAAUUAGAAAAGGUAAAUAAUAUUUAAUAUUACAAGAAACCUCAAUCGAAUUCAGGGCCAACCAAAUGAAAAUAAUAAUUCUUUGAGCCAAGUGAACAAUCAGUUUUAUGUAGAAAUAAAAACUACAACUAUGUAAUACAUACGAGGUAAACGCCAAUAAUUCCCGGCCUGACAAUGAAGAAGGCAAAUCACAAUAACAAGUUGUUAUUAUUUUUCAAUGUAAUCUCCUUUAACCUCAAUGCACUUCUUACAACGUUUAAUUAACAAUUCAAUACCUUUAAAAAAAUAUUCUUUCGGUUUAUCCUCAAAAUGGGCCAAAACAGCUUCUUGUAACUCAAAAUCGUCCCGAAAACGUCGCCCGCGAAUGUCUUUUUUCAAAUAACUAAACAAUAAUCGCUGGGAGCCAUAUCUGGACUAUAGGGAGGGUGAUCUAUAUUUUGAAACCCGCAAUCUAGGAUGGCAGCUUGUGUAACGCCAGCAGUAUGAACGGGCGCAUUGUCGUGCAACAACCGCACGCCUCUGGUUAAUUUUCCUCGACGUUUUUCCCGAAUACAUUCCCGCACUUAUGAAAUAAUGCGGCAUAAUAUAUGCCAUUAACGGUGGUAUUUGUCUCUUUAAAAUCAAUCAGAAGGAUUCCUUCACAAUCCCAAAAGAUCGUAGCCAUCACCUUUUUCGUGGCAGACUCUAAAUUUUCGUGGGGGGCUUCACUCUUACGGCGCCACUCCAUUGAUUCCCUUUACGACAGAGGAUCAUAAUAAAGAACCAUAGUUUCAUCUCCAGUGACUAUUGUUUCCAACACGGGGUUCGGAUCAACUCCACACAGUUCCAAAAACGAUCGAGCACACUCGACACGACGUUGCUUCUGAAUCGCCGAAAGGUGUUUGGGAACUCAUCUUGCACUAACCUUAUGUAUACCCAAAUGAUCAUGGAGGAUUCGGCGAACAGUGGUAUCAGAAAGCUUGGUCAUUUCUGCCAUUUCCUUGACCUUCACAUGUCGGUUACUUAAGCACCAGGUUUUCCACAAGGGUCACUUUGUCCUCUGUUAUCACCUCCACUGGCCGUCCAGGUCUUUCGUCAUCUUCAAGGGAUUCCUGACCCAUGCGAAAGACUUUCGAUAGUUUCAAGAAAACCAAACCUAUUGUGAUGAUCAGAAUAUUUACACUCACGUUUCUUAAUUUCGGAUAGGGAGUCCAAUAUGCAGUUAAAAAUGUUUACACGGAAGUUCUCCGACUCUGUAAAUUGAUCAUCACUGCUAGGACCACCAUAUUCACCAAACUUAGUAGGUACCUUCCUUUUGCGCCGAUUAUCAGCCAUAUACUCUCUCCUACACUGUUCUUUCGCUGAUCGUUCCACGUCAUCAAAGUUGUUCCUUACUUCUUGAAGAAAACCACAUCACGAGUCGUAAUAGGCAACUAUUAAACAACUUUAUUAAACCUUUCUAGAAUUAAGCACCAUAGUGCUGCCAUAAUGGUUGUCUCAAGGGAACUUAGCUUUUCGUUUGUAGUUCUGGCUUCAUUUCUUGUGGAGUGCCUCUCGUCACAGUCACUAGCAAUUUCAUCUAAACUUUUUAAAAUUCCUUCUCUGCUUUCAUUAACAGCUCGGCAGGCGUCGUAACGAGCAGACCACUAUCUAUGUGGUGAAGCGCUAAAAAAGUUAUACGGCUCCUGGAGCAAUCCAAAAAAGGAAACAGUCUCAGUUGCACACGAGCCUACUAGGUUUAAGGAAUGUGCAGAACAAGGUACAUACUCCGCCAGAAGACUGAGCUGUUCGAUACGAGCUUAAACUCCAGAGUAAAUGCCUGACAUAUUCGAGGCGUUAUCAUAUGAUUGGCCUCUAUAAUUGGAAAUGUCCAAAUUAAUUCUUUUUUAAAGGCCCAAUACUGUGUUUACAAUCUCUUCUGCUUUGUGACCAACAUUUGGCACAAAACAAGUAAAUCUCUCAAUCGCCAUAUCUAAUUACGAAGUUAAGUUGGUCCGCAUGUAAAAUGUCCGGCGUGGAGUCUAAUACAAUGCCAAAGUAUUUUGCUUCUUGAACUUCUUUCAAAAUUGUGUUCCUAACUUCUUCUGCCAUAAGAGCGAAAAGUUUUUCAUAAGUAGUUUUCGAAAUGUACGACGUACUACCCAAACCUUGGUCGCCGUAUUGACGUAAAUGUUCGGCCAUAAAAGGGUCGAAUUCGGCUAGAAAUUUCAGAAGUUUAAUGAAGUUUCCACUGUUAAGUUUAUCUAAGUGUUCAUCAGAUCCUCGGAGAGCCAACUCUGCACCACUAAGUUUUAAUAUUUCUAUUCAAGAAAAUAUACCCCUAUGGGUAUUACUGUCACCACAUCCAUCAAUAUUCUUGUUUUCAAAGAUUACACAAGUUUGUUAAUUGUAUUAACAUUGCACCUCUUUGUCGUUAUUCUUUCUGGUCGAUUCGACGUGAGACAGAAAAAGCUGGAAGAACCACGUUUCGAAUAAGUUAAUAUCGAACCAUUAGCUCGAGCUGCUCGCAUAUUUUAUUCCUCGUGGUCCACCUUGGGUCCAGUUGUCGUACAGAUUUAAAGCCUUGUAUAUAACCAUCGGUAGUAAAAGGUCUCCAUUGGCAUUUCUACAAACCAUUAAACUGAUGGUAGCGCGAGAAUUUUCCUGAAAUCUUUCCACUCUCUUCGUGUUCCUCGACACCACCACCUUCCUGGAUCCAGGAUCAUCAGACACGUUUGUUUCGUCAUAGUUAUAUAAAUUUGCGCUUUGCACUUCUCUGAUUACUAGGUUAAUAUUGUUGAAGAAAUUUAAAAUAUCAUUACGAUCCAUUAAUGCUCGGGAUCUUUUUGAAGCCAUUCUGACGCUUAAACGGUUCCUCUUUAUAAAUAAUUCUAAGAAAUCAGGUCCAGGGAAGUUAUUUUUGAAUAUUAGAAAAUGUUUUCCUUGUUUGUCAAAUAAUUUUUUAAUUACGUCACGAGUAUCCAUCUUUGUGAGAGGAAACCCCCAGUUUGCCACAACACCCAAUGUGCUUGAAAUGAGAGCCUCUUCUUGAUCACUUAAGACCUUUGGUUUCGAGUAUGCACCGACAAGUCUUCAACCUAACGUAGUCCGUUCUACUUUGAAAGUUUGAACAACUUGUUUUCUCGACAUGCCUGCAUUUACUGCAUCUAUCGCUUCGCGCAGAACCCUCUCUGAAUAAUUUCGGUAAGUUCUUGCUCCCGGUGUUUUUCGGUAAGUGCAAACCAUUUUUAAUCUCUAUUUACCUGUAACAAUAGAAAGCCAACGAUAGAACACAAAAAAACCUAACCUAAAAAAAAAAAAAAAAAAAAAAUACAUGUGGUGUGCAAAUUACCCCGUGUUGUGCAAAUAGCCUCAAUUUACAGUACACAAUCAAUGUACCUGGAUUAGUGGUACUUUUGCUUCUCAGAAAUUUCCAUUUAUCCGAAAUUGUUACACAGUUUACUGUACCAAAUAAAAAAUUUAAAUAUUACAGGUCAUUUUCAAACUGUUCCAGAUAAACUAAUUAACAGAGGGGGUAUUUUCUUAGUGAGGCUGUAGGCUACCUCUACUUUCAGGUGUGUAGAUGAGCCAGAGGUAGUAAACCUUAAAUCAGUGGUCGCCAACCUCUCAAUGUGUUGAGCUACUUUGUUAAUUUUGAAAUAAACAGCGAGCUACCCACACGGAAGCCACGUAACGCAACGUAAAUGAAAUAAUCCACAGUUAUAUGUAUUUAUUUUACUAUUUAACUGGUAAUACAUAAUACAUUGGUACUAAUAAUAAACUAAUAACAAAAUAACUAAUAUUACUAGUACGUACUUGUUCAUAACUACAUUCCUACCUACCAAACGAAGGUGUUUGAAAAAUAAACAGAAACUUUUAUCCAGUCACAACGGCAUGUCACGUAAGAUUUAAAAAUAGUUAAUAAUAACAACAAAAAAAUAACGCACUAUCAUGAACAUUAACAUUGAAAAAUAAAAAAGCACGUUCAAUAAGAAGGCUGACAUUCAGACUCAUCGAUAAUUUUUUUAAAGUUUGCAGUAUAAUUUGAUACAGCCAUUCGAAUACAAUUAUCCAAAUGUUCAUUUGUAAGUCGAUUGCGAUAUUUGUUCUUAAUAAACUUCAUAUUGGAAGAAGAAGAUUCACACAAAUAGGUUGAACUGAAUAAUGCUUUCACUUUCAAGGCAACAUGGCAUAGAACUGAAUAUUUAUCUUUACUUACAAUAGGCUAGUUACAUUUGGUACUUGAGACUAACGAUUUUAAGGCUAAAUCAUUUUGAAACUCAAUUACUUCCAUUUCUGUUGCAGCGAUGUCUUCGCCAAAGUUCUGCAUGACACAAGUUGCAAACUGUUGGAUAUCAAUUUCCAUAAAGGGUGAAAUAACAAACUGCGCUACUAAAGCCAUUUCGUUAAAAUCCUUAAAACGAUUUUUGAAGUUAUUCUUCAG